AUGGCGCCGCCCUCAACGCCGCUCGAAGGUCAGGUGCUGCGAUCGACACGGACAAGAAGAGUGAGUCGAGUUGGCUUUGCACUGCUGCAUGAGCUCCGGCUUGCAGCAGGGGGCGCAUGGGGGUCCAGAGGAGCGAGACUUCUUCGACGGCACGCUGCCCCCUUCGAGCCUUUGCAUCAAAUUCUGAUUUUCAUGUCGAGCGCUCUAUCGAUAUCCCCAAUCUUGCUCGCAGCCGCGGGUAACAAGAUCCCCGGUGUAGACCACGCCAAGAUUGCCAAACUUGACCGGGAGGUAGGUCUCCCCGUCUUCCUCCACCUAUCUCACCCGGACACCGCGCUGCAAUGACGAGGUACUGACUCUCUUCCUCUCUACACCACCACCUCAGAACGAAGUUGCGCCACCACCGACGGUCUCCUUAGAACUCGGCAAAGUGCUGCAACAGGCACGACAGAACUUUAAGGACGCGGACGGGAAUCCGAAACCCAUGUCCCAGGGCGACCUCGCCAAGGCGAUCAACCAGAAGCAGACCGUCAUCCAGGAGUACGAGAACAUGCGCGCCAAGCCCGACCCGGCCUUGUUGGGCAAGAUGGAGAGGAUCCUCAAGGUCAAGCUGAGGGGGUCCGGUAUCGGUCAGCCGUUGGGAGGACCCAAGAAGAAGUAA